AGUUGAUUUUUUUUCAAUCGUCUCGGGUCGACAACUGUUUUUUUAGAUGGCAAAACUUGGGAUUUUUGGAUUUGUACACAUUAUUUACAACGACCACUGGUGAUACUAGACAUUAUCACAAGUUACUUCUGAAGAUACAGUCGUACAGCUGUCAGCUUUGGUUGGAGACUUUCAUUUAUCAUUACGACAAGCGAAGAAGAUUUUCUCCGCUGAUAGGUAGUACGCACUAGCAACAACAAACGACGUUAGCUAGUAGCACAUCAUCAUUAGCUAGCCUGCCAACUAUCCAGUUACAUUUCAAAACUGUCCUUUGUUUUUGUCUUUCGUGGCGCGUUGCAUUUGCAUCAGUGAUGAUAAAAAACACGACACAAUCCGCAGGACUUCUGGUUUUGUUGUGGUUGUUAUUUGGGGACUUUGUCUUUGUUCUGGGUUGGUUUCACAACAGAGUCAAAACGUACAACAACCAAUAUUCUUCCAAAGAAGAUGCUCCUGACAGUCAAGACCAGAGCUGUUUUUGUCACUUGACAGGCGUCUUGGAUGACUGCUUCUGUGACAUCGAGAGCAUCGAUGUCUUUAACAACUUCAAGAUCUACCCCCGCAUUCAGAAGCUGACCGAGAGAGACUACUUCAGGUACUACAGGGUCAACCUGAAUAGGCCCUGUCCCUUCUGGGCCGAUGAUGGCCACUGCUCCAUCAAGGACUGCCAAGUGGAGCCCUGUCCAGAGAGCAAGAUUCCAGUGGGAAUUAAGUCUGGAAACUACAAUAGGUACUCCCAGGUGACCAACGCCAACACAGACAUAGUAGAUUGUGAACAAGCCCAAGACCUAGGGGCCAUUAACAGCACCCUGAGUAACUAUAGUAAAGAGGCCUUUGAGGACUGGGCCCGGCACGAUGACGCACAGGACCACUUCUGUGAGCUAGAUGAUGAGACGUCACCAGAUGCAGACUAUGUGGACCUGCUCCUAAACCCAGAGCGCUACACUGGCUACAAGGGCCCCUCAGCCUGGAGAGUGUGGAACAGCAUCUACGAGGAAAACUGCUUCAAGCCCAGAUCAGUGUACCGGCCCCUUAACCCACUGGUUCCGCCCAGAGGAGGAGAUGAUGACGGCGAAGGUUUCUACAACUGGCUGGAAGGUCUGUGUUUGGAGAAGAGGGUGUUCUACCGGCUCAUCUCUGGUCUCCACAGCAGCAUCAACAUCCACCUGUGUGCAGAGUACCUAUUGGACGAGGGCUGGGGCAAGUCCCUGUGGGGCCCCAAUGUGCAGGAGUUCCGCCAGCGCUUCGACCCAGCCGAGACCAAGGGCGAGGGUACGCGGCGCCUCAAGAACCUCUACUUUCUCUACCUGAUCGAGCUACGCGCCCUCUCCAAGGUGGCGCCCUACUUUGAUCGAGCCUUCGUCAACCUGUACACGGGUGACCGUCAAGAGGACCGAGCCACCAAAGAGUUACUGCUGCAGUUCUUCAACGAGACCAAAGCUUUCCCAAUGCACUUUGACGAGAAGUCCAUGUUUGCUGGGCAGAAGAUUGAAGCAAAAACGUUGAAGGAGGAAUUCCGGCUACAUUUUAAAAACAUCUCCCGGAUCAUGGACUGUGUGGGCUGCAGUAAAUGUCGACUGUGGGGGAAGCUACAGACCCAAGGGCUGGGCACAGCGUUGAAGAUCCUUUUCUCUGAGAAGGAGAUCAAGAACCUACCGGAACACAGCCCCUCUAAGGGCUUCCAGCUGACACGCCAGGAGAUAGUGGCCUUGCUCAACGGCUUUGGGAGGCUCUCCACAAGCAUCCACCAGCUCCAUAGUUUCCGUGCCUUGCUGAAGGAGAAGAGGUAACACCCUUCAACAGCACUACCACCUCCUAGCCACCAGGUGGAGCAAGCCCAGAGGGAACUGCAAUAGUCUUAUUCCUCCCCAGAAUAAGAUCAAGUUCAGGGACUUCAGGAUAGACACUGAAUCCCCAUCCCCUCCUCCCUCUAUGUAUAACUCUCCUUAUCUCCCCUUCCUUCUAAAUCUAGGUCUCGUCUUUCCAUAGAGCAUAGCGCUCAAUGUGAGAAAUGUGUACCUCCAUUUCGUUGUUUUUAAAUGUUUGUUUUUACUAUUGUGGGUGAAAGUGUUCACCAUUUCAGGCAUACUAGUUGUGAGCUAGACCCAUCAGUGUGUGUGUUUUUGGUGUGUGUUUGUCAGAGGGAGUACUUGUUUGUUGGUGAUCGCCAGUUGCAGCUAAAUGAUACCGAAAAUUAGGAUUCAUUCCAUACUUUUACGACCACAAACUUGAUAAGCAUACUGCGUUUUGCUAUCCUAGAGGUGUAGCCUUUUUUUCUGUGUGAGUGAGUGCAUGUAUUGAUUGAACGUCUAUGUGAGCGACUGUCUGCUGUUGCUUUUGUCUGUGCAUUUAGCUGUUUAGGGGUGUUUUUAACAUCUCCACGUGGCAAUCCAGUCUUUCUGCACAUCACAAAUGUAUUAUAUAAAGCCUCGUUUAAAUGUGAAAAAGGAACAAUUUGCGGAUUGUGCAUCUGUUGACAACGAUAAGCUUGCGUCACUUCUCUCAUACCUAUUCUAUUUGGUGGCAGAAUGGUUCCUGGUGUUUUUAUUCUUAUCCUAUUAUUUUAUUGGUUUUAUGAAAGACGAGACUUGCCAGGGUGACGGCAAUCCCAAAUGUGUAAGAGGUGUUUUCAUGGCAAUUUAAAAGCGAAACCAGUAUUUGUUUCAUAGUUCACUCAAAUAAGCUGUCAUCCUGUGAAACUGCCAUGUUGGAGAAGAGUACUGUUAAAGUAUAAUGGAGAAUGCAGCCAAUGGUGUGAAAAGAAGCAAAUCGAAACGAGCAGUGGGAUUUGUUCUCCCAUGAUGGUCAAGUUCACUGUGGUGUCUUGGUGAGCUUGCCGUGUAAAUCAAUUCAAAAUGCAUACGCGUAAUGGCAUUUAACGUCGCGCAACCUUUUUAAACCGUCAUACCCUUUAGGGCUGGGACGAUACCAGCAUCGUGAUACUCGUUAGUAUCGUGGCAAGGAAACAAAACACAAAGCGGAUUUAACUUCUUUAGGAAAACAGCCCUAAUGUUCCACACACUGUGUUUUAUUUCUGUCUGAAGUAGGUAUUUCACCAUGUGGACCAAAGAUUUUACGUUGCCUUUUUUUCUUUUCUAUCAUGUCAAAGCACCUUUUUGCGUUUUUCCACCAUAUACGUUUUUAGUUUGUGAAUCCUCACCCCCUUGAGUAACAUUAGUUAGAAAAUGUCACAAGCAAAGAUUGCCUUAUGUGCAAAGAUCAAACAAUCGGUAGCCAGACAAUACCUGUGUAAUACUUUGUAACACAUGUUUUGUAAAAGAAACAUCUCUAUUCAAUCAAACAAAGGUAGACAUGGGGUCCAGUAAGUAGGAAUUGAGUCAGUGGUAGCUGUCGGAUGCUUAUGCUAACAUAAAUAGCAACGCUAAUGUCGCCUUGAAUGUGAACGCUAUGGAGAUUGAACAAGCUGUUCCUUCUUUGCUUAAAAUGAAGGAAAUAGACAAGAUAAUAUUUUAUGUUAGAGGAAAAGUAUGCGUGUCUGUCUGAGCCUUGCAUGCUUUCAAAAACACCAGAACGUCCUGUGCAAUCCACUUGUCUGCCUUAAGUUCCAAAAAAGUGUUUAAAAAUAAUGAUUUAAAAAAAGCUUGAGCCUGCUUUCUUGGAUGAAAUCCACCAUUUUGUCUCCAAUGAUCUCUACGCUCUUCUGCUAGCUCUGCCUUUGUAACAUAUUCAGAUGACCCAGGAAGUUGUACUAUUUGUAAAAGGAAAAUUACUGAACUUUUUUCAAAUCUAUAUGAAUAUAUAUAUAUAUAGUUGCACCUGUAUUGAUGUGUAUUCUUAUUUGAUUAUAUUUAUUUGAACAGAGGAAUAAAAAUGUCUGGUUGUCACUCAAA